AGCUCGACUUCUCGCGCUUCUUCAGAGGCCGGGAAGUCAGCGGCAGCUGACUGGGCUGUGUUGGCAACGUCGACGACGACGGAGCGAAGAGAACGGGUUUAGUCAGACAACUUCAUUUGUAAAUUUGGAGUGCUAAAGACAAAGUUACAGAUUUUAAUAUUGAAGGAAAUGAAGAGAAACCUAAAUGAAAAUUCAACUCGAAGUACAGCAGGCUGUUUGCCUGUACCAUUGUUCAAUCAGAAAAAGAGGAAUAGACAGCCAUUAACCUCUAAUCCACUUACAAAUGAUCCAAGUAUCAGUACUGCUUCUGACAGUUAUGACUUCCCUCCUUUACCAACAGAUUGGGCCUGGGAAGCUGUGAAUCCAGAGUUGCCUCCUUUAAUGAAAACACUGAACACAGGGCAAAUGCCACAUUCAGUUUCUCCUCCCCUGAGAAGUCAAGAUUCUAUGUCUAAGUCUAUUCAAUCAAAUACUGAAAGAAGCAAGAGUGGUUGGAGCUACAGAGAUGACAACAAAAAUACUAGCUGGAAAACUUGGGAUAGAAAUGAUUUUAGGCCUCAAUGUGAAAGGACAAACUUAGUGGCAAAUGAUGGAAUAAAUUCUUGUCCAAAGAGUUGGGGAGCUCAACAACAGAAACAGUUGAAAUUAUCCGAACCUCCUAACUCAUCUCAUCAAAGAGAAACUGAAGUACUCAGACAAACACAUUCAUCAAAAAUACCUGGCUCCACAAUGAGAGGUCUAGACAAAAACAGUGCAUUACAGGCAUUUAAGUCUAAUUUUCAACAAAACCAAUUUAAGAAGAAAAUGUUGGAUUAUAUUCCAGAAGAAAGCACUCUCAAGGAAGACUCAUCGUAUCAGUUAAAGCUUAAGGAAAAAGAUAAUUCUUUAAGAAUUAUAUCUGCAGUUAUUGAAAGCAUGAAGUACUGGUGUGAACAUGCACAGAAAACUGUACUUCUUUUUGAAAUAUUGGCUGUUCUUGAUUCAGCUGUUACACCUGGUCCAUAUUAUUCAAAGACUUUCCUUAUGAGAGAUGGGAAAAAUACUCUGCCUUGUGUAUUUUACGAAAUCGAUCGUGAACUUCCAAGACUGAUUAGAGGCCGAGUUCAUAGGUGUGUUGGAAAUUAUGACCAGAAAAAGAAUAUUUUCAAAUGUGUUUCUGUCAGACCAGCAUCUGUUUCUGAACAAAAAACUUUCCAAGCAUUUGUUAAAAUUGCAGAUGCUGAGAUGAGGUAUUAUACUAAUAUAAUGAGUGAAAUUUAAAUAGUGAUGAAGGAAGUUUAAAUAGUAUAAUUUAAAGCAUUUUUGUUAUUAAGUUAUCAUCUCCAUGGUUUUAUAGCUACUGUUUUUCUGUAUUUCAUUUGUUGAAUUAAAAUACUUCAGUCCUUUUAAA